GCGGCUGCAAUGGCUGCCCCCGGCCAGCGUGGGGCUAGGCUAGUUCGCACUGUGGUAGGGGUCUGGUAUUUGGGCCCCGAAACCGCAAGGGACUGGGUGAGGCAGCUCCCCUCAUUCAUGGGCUAUCAGCGGAGGGAUGUGUCUUGUGUCGCAGGCGCUGCUUUCUCUGGUCCACGCCUGUCGUCGGCCUCUCGCUGUUACGGCCAGGGCUCUGCUCUGGACCGCUUCCUUGGACUUUCUCAGCCUGACAGUUCUCUGACUCCAUGUGUCCCCGCGGUGUCCUUGUACAGAGAGGAGCAGAAUCUCCUUUUGGUUCAUCGUCCCGACAUGCCUGAGAACCCUCGGGUCCUGCGAGUGGUCCUCCUAGGAGCCCCAAAUGCAGGGAAGUCAACGCUCUCCAACCAGCUGCUGGGCCGAAAAGUGUUUCCUGUCUCCAAGAAGGUACACACCACUCGCUGCCAAGCUCUGGGAGUCAUCACAGAAAAGGAGGCCCAGGUGAUUCUCCUUGACACACCUGGCCUCAUCAGCCCCAUUAAACAGAAGAGGCACCAUUUGGAACUCUCUUUGCUGGAAGAUCCUUGGAAGAGCAUGGAAUCUGCUGAUCUUGUUGUGGUUCUUGUGGAUGUCUCGGACAAGUGGACUCGAAACCAGCUCAGCCCCCAGGUACUCCAGUGCUUGACCCAGUUCUCCCAGGUUCCUAGCAUCCUUGUCCUGAAUAAGGUCGAUUGUCUGAAGCAGAAGUCCGUUCUCCUGGGGCUCACAGCAGCCCUCACUGAAGGUGUGGUCAAUGGGAAGAAGCUCAAGGUGAAACAGGCCUUCCCCACACAUCCUAGUACUCAUUGCUCCAGCCCAGAAGCUAAGGACCCAGACCCACAGCCUGUAGGAGGCCCUCAGAGGAUUGGCUGGCCUCACUUCCAGGAGAUCUUUAUGUUAUCAGCCUUAAGCCAAGAGGAUGUGACAACGUUAAAGCAGUACCUCCUGGCACAGGCCCGGCCAGGACCCUGGGAGUUCCACAGUGGAGUCCUCACUACCCAGACCCCUGAGGAGAUCUGUGCCAACAUCAUCCGGGAGAAGCUCCUCGAGUACCUGCCCCAGGAGGUGCCCUACAAUGUACAGCAGAAGACUGAGGUGUGGGAGGAAGGGCCAAGUGGCCAACUGGUGAUCCUACAGAAACUUCUGGUGCCCAAAGAAUCUCAUGUGAAAAUCCUGAUUGGUCAGAAGGGGCAACUGAUUGCCCAGAUAGCACAGGAGGUGGGCCGUGACCUCAUGGACAUCUUCCUCUGUGAUGUUCAGCUCCGCCUCUCGGUGAAGCUCCUCAAGUGA